AUGUUAGGUCGUGCUGGUCGUCCUCAGUAUGACACCAAGGGUGAGGGUAUCCUCAUUACAAAUCACACAGAACUUCAGUACUACCUCUCGCUCAUGAAUCAGCAGUUGCCCAUCGAGAGCCAAUUCGUUUCACGUCUCCCCGAUCUUUUGAAUGCCGAAAUUGUUCUAGGAACCGUCUCGAAUGUGCGGGAUGCUGUCAGCUGGCUCGGGUAUACUUAUCUUUAUAUCCGAAUGUUAAGAGCUCCUUCUCUCUAUGGUGUCCCUCCAGGGAGUGAACACACCGACCCUUGGUUGGAACAACGUCGGCGUGAUCUUAUUCACACUGCUGCACUUACCCUUGAACGCUGUGGCCUCAUUGCUUAUGAACGACGAACUGGUGCAUUUGAGUCUACAGAACUUGGCCGCAUUGCUUCGCAUUUUUAUCUCACCCACGAAACCAUACAGUCGUACAACAAACUCCUUCGUCCUGGUCUUGGCGAAAUCGAACUCUUCCGCGUAUUUGCCGCUAGUUCUGAGUUUAAGCACAUCAACGUGCGGCAAGAAGAGAAAUUCGAGCUGGCUCAACUACUUGAGCGUGUUCCUAUUCCGAUUAAGGAAGCCGCGGAUGAUCCAUCUGCCAAGGUUAAUUGCCUCCUCCAAGCCUACAUCUCUGGUCUUAAAUUGGGGGGAUUUUCACUAGUUUCUGAUAUGGUCUUCAUCGUACAGUCAGCAGGUCGACUGAUGCGAGCACUCUUCGAAAUUGUUCUUCAUAAGGGCUGGGCGGAGUUGGCCGAUAAUGCUCUUGUCCUUGCGAAAAUGAUAGAACGACGAAUGUGGGAGUCCAUGUGUCCAUUGCGGCAGUUCAAAAAACUACCUGACGAGAUAAUCACGAAAUUGGAGAAGAAGGCAAUUCCUUUUGAGCGUCUCUACGACAUGAAUCACCACGAACUGGGCGAGUUAGUUCGUUCUGCUAAGUUGGGCAAACCGCUGCACAAGUACCUGCAUCAGCUUCCCCGUCUCGAGAUGAGUGUCCACGUACAGCCUGUAACUAGAUCAGUCCUUCGCGUAGAGCUCGCCCUUACCCCUGAUUUCGUCUGGGAAGAGAAGACUCAUGGUAAUAUGCAAGCUUUUUGGAUUUUUGUGGAAGACGUGGAUGGUGAUAUGAUUCUCCAUCGUGAAUUCUUUUUGCUAAAACAGCAAUACGCAACAGAGGAGCAUGUUCUACAUUUUACCGUACCCAUAUUCGACCCAUUGCCACCGCAUUACUACAUACGCGCAGUGUCUGAUAGGUGGAUUGGUGGCGAGGUUACUCUGCCAGUUUCGUUUAGACACCUUAUUCUGCCUGAAAAGACAGCCCCUCCAACUGAAUUGCUGGACCUGCAACCUCUACCUAUCACUGCAUUGCGAAAUAAGGAAUUCGAGGCUCUGUACACAGAUCAAAUCCGAGAUUUCAAUCCUAUUCAAACACAGGUAUUUAAUUCACUCUACAACUCUGACGAAAACGUCUUCAUUGCCGCUCCUACUGGAAGUGGAAAGACAGUUUGUGCAGAGUUGGCUCUCUUCCGUCUAAUGACUACGGCAAUCGCGAAUCAACAAGUCGACGAAUCGGGCGAGCCUAUUUUCAAGUGUGUGUACGUCACGCCUCAUGAGGAACUGGUGGAACAACGCUACGCUGACUGGUCUGCUCGUUUCGGUAAUAAACUUGGUCGUCGCGUGGUCCGCCUCACGGGUGAAACUGCCGCCGAUUUGAAACUUCUUGCUCGCGGACAAAUUAUUGUGACUACUCCGGAUCACUGGGAUGUGCUUUCUCGUCGAUGGAAGCAAAGAAAACACGUGCAGAGUGUAAACCUAUUUAUCGCCGAUGAGCUUCAUCUCAUCGGAGCGGAGGCGGGUCCCGUGUAUGAGGUAGUGUGCUCUCGCAUGCGUUAUAUGGCGAGUCAGAUUGAGUCCAGUGGCCAGCCCCUGCGUAUAGUUGGUCUGGCCCAUAGCGUUACUAGCCUUCGUGAUAUGGCCAGCUGGCUUGGUUGCUCCUCUGGUUCUAGUUACAACUUCCAGCCCAAUACACGUCCUCUUCCUCUAGACCUCUCAAUUGUGGAGCUCAAUUUCAACCAUCAAGCUAGUCGUCUUCUUGCAGCCAACCGACCUAUGUUUCGUGCCAUAAAUCGCUAUGCUUGUCUGACUACCGGCAGUGGUCCAGGUCUUCACAGGCCAACAAUUGUUUAUGUGGCGUCUCGAAGGCAGGCUCAAAGAACUGCGCUUGAUUUGAUCACAAUGCAGGCAACCGCAAACGCAAUUGGAGCCACUCAACAUCAGCAGCCAAAGUUCGUUCCUCUUUCGGGUCACCUUGAGGAGGCACUGGAAAAGGCGGCUGGACAGAUUUCUGACAGUGCCGUUUCAGAAAUACUGCGAUAUGGUGGAGGUGUGGCUUACCUACAUAAGGCUUUGAAUAAAAGCGAUAGACGUCUUGUGGAGGCGUUAUUUUCAGCCGGGGCACUCCACACUCUAGUUGUCUCACGUGACCUCGCGUGGACGUCCUCAAUUUCAGCCUAUUUGGUUAUCGUGCUUGAUACGCAGGACUACAAUGGCAAAAUUCAUGCCUAUGAGGACUAUCCGAUUGUGGAUUUGAUUCAAAUGGUCGGUCGUGCGAACCGGCCCGGGCUAGACAGCGAUGCUAAAGCAAUUAUCUUUUGCCAAACUGGCAAAAAAGAGUACCUAAGAAAGUUCUUGCAUGAUCCACUACCUGUUGAAUCGCAUCUAGACCAUGAGUUGCACGACCACUUCAAUGCGGAAAUUGUAACCAAAACUAUUGAAAAUAAGCAAGAUGCGGUGGAUUACCUGACCUGGACCUUCCUUUACCAAAGAAUGACACAAAACCCGAAUUACUACAACCUACAAGGUGUUACCCACCGUCACCUCAGUGAUCACCUGAGUGAAUUGGUGGAAACCACUUUGACGGACCUGGAACAAUCCAAAUGUAUUUCUAUUGAUGACGAAAUGGACCUUUCCCCACUCAACCUGGGCAUGAUUGCGGCCUACUAUUAUAUCUUCCACAGUACUAUCGAGUUGUUUAGCCUGUCGCUGACUAACAAGAUGAAAAUUCGUGGCCUACUGGAUGUUAUAAGUAACGCCUCCGAGUUCGACACUCUUCUGCCAGUCCGACAUCAUGAAGAUACCGUGCUGCGCCAAUUGGCUGGUAAGGUGCCCCAAAAACUUGCUGCCAAGGCCAGUUACACCAGCUCCCACGUGAAAGCAAAUCUCCUACUUCAGGCUCACCUGUCGCGAAUCACUUUGUCCACAGAGCUACAGGGAGACACGGACAGGCUGCUUGUGUGCACCAUACGUCUUAUACAGGCCUGUGUGGACGUGUUGUCGAGUAACAGUUGGCUAGGCCCCGCUCUUGCAGCCAUGGAAUUCUCCCAAAUGAUUACGCAGGCUGUGUGGCACAAGGACUCCUACCUUAGGCAGUUGCCUCACUUCAAUGCAGAUCGAAUCUCUAAAUGUCAGACUGCGGGAGUUGAAUCGAUCUUUGAUCUGAUGGAACUUGAAGAUAAUGCUAGGGCCCAGCUACUGGAAGGCCUCUCACAAGCCGAAGUUGCUGAUGUUGCUCGCUUUUGCAAUCGGUAUCCCGAUGUCGAAGUCACUUAUGACCUAACUGGACCCAAUGGACUAAUUUCUAGUAAAACGCAGGUCAGAAGCGGUGAUACGAUAAGCGUGAACGUGAAUAUUGAACGUGAUGAAGCCAACGCAGGACCCGUACUUUCCCCAUUCUUUCCACAGAAACGCGAGGAAGGUUGGUGGUUAGUUGUUGGUGAAGUCAAGACCAACAGCCUUCUGGCAAUUAAACGCUUAACUCUAGCCAAGUCAACAAAGGUCCGACUCGAGUUGACUGUCCCAUCGUCACAGAGUGGAGGCAGACACGAGUACACCCUCUUCUUUAUGUCGGAUGCCUACAUGGGCUGCGAUCAGGAGUAUCGUUUCACUUUGGAUGUUCGUUAG